AUGACGACAAGCAGCCUCAUUGCAGAUCUACCGAAGUGGCGGGCUGUGCCUGACGAGCAAUAUGCAGCGUUGAAAACAAAUGCCCGUUCGCCCAAGGAUGCACAUGGAGCAAGGGAGUUGACGCCUGCGCAGCGCAACGUGCUCUUCAACCAUGGCACAGAACAAGCCUUUAACAACGAGUACUAUGCAUGCAAAAGCUCGGGAACAUACAUUUGUCGCGCUUGCCACCUUGCACUCUUCAGCUCCGGGGACAAGUUUGACUCUGGGACCGGCUGGCCAUCCUUUGUGUCUCCACUUGAUUAUCGCGUAGUAGCAUAUACGCAUGAUACCUCUCAUAAUAUGGAGCGCACAGAGGUGCAUUGCGCGAAUUGUGGGGCUCACCAGGGGCACGUGUUCAACGACGGGCCUGCUCCAACAGGUCUUCGCUUCUGCAUCAAUAGCGCGUCCAUCUUAUUACGUCCUGAAGAUAGUAAAUAG